AUGGAUGGGGAUCAAUAUUGUAAUAUCACCUAUAGAAAAAAACAAACUCCAAAAUUAAAUGUUAGCUUGACAGAGGAGACAGCUGUAGAUAUUGAAAAUAGUUCAUUGCUAGAUUCAUCAGUGAACAGUUUACCUGCCACUUCAAAAAAGGAUUAUACUUUACUUGAAGAAUACGAAGAAAUUAUUUCUACAUUAAAAUUAAGGUUAGCUUCAGCUGAUGAAGAGAUUGAAAAUUUGAAUUUACAAAAUAUACAAUUAAAGAUGAGUGUUGAAAAAUCAUCAAAAGUGAUAGCAUUGUAUAAGAUGGUUGGCAUUACGGAAAACUUGUUGAAUGCUGUUUCUACUCCGGUUAUACGAAAGGUAAAAAAAGUAUUUUCCGGUGUAUAUCCAGUAUCACCUAGGCACAGCAUUCCAGAAACAAUUAAAUUUCAACGCAAACAACAGGAAUUUCUAUGA